GUUUCAGGACACAAUCAAGGGCUAGAAGCCACUACAGGCCCAAAUUCAGCCCAUACCCACUCUCCCAUCCACGAGACCACAAGCCACACCAAACCCGCGUUCAUCGACGGACGAGCUCGCCGGCGAGAGAGCGACUGAGAUGGAGGCGGCGGCAGCGGCGGCCGGCGUGGAGCUGGGCUCCUCGAAGCCCCAGAUCGCGACGCAGGCGGAGAUGGCGGAGGCCCGGGUGCCGCUCGCCUACCGCGAUCAGUGCGCGCACCUCCUCAUCCCGCUCAACAAGUGCCGCGUCGCCGAGUUCUACCUCCCCUGGAAGUGCGAGCCCGAGCGCCACGCCUACGAGAAGUGCCAGUACGAGCUCGUCAUGGAGCGGAUGCUCCAGAUGCAGAAGAUCCGCGAGGCGCAGGAGACCAAGGUCAAGGGCGGCGCCUCCAUUGGCCUCAUCCCGGCCACCGCCAAGCUCGCCUGAUACGGGUCCCAGACCGAUCCGCUUGAUUUAGGUCUGCCUGUUGGCUAUAGCAGCGUCCAGAGGCGUUGCGCCGUGCAAGGAUCCUCAAUGUUUGUUGUGUGAACAGAGAUACGCGUUUGAAUUUGGCAUAAAGUUAACUGUUGUCUUCUUUUUCCCUUCCCCUCUCUCUCUAUCUCCCUGCCUGAUGGCUAUCUUCAGGUUUCAAUUUGAUGAUGGAAUAAGGAAAGGUACUUGUCCUAUUACCGA